AUGCCGGGGCCGACCGGCACGCAGGGCUCGCGCGCGGGCAUGGUCUGCCGGGCGUUUGCGGCGGGCCGUUGUGAGUUCGGCGACAGCUGCAUCUUCUCGCACUCGCUGGUGCCGCAAGGCCCCGCAAGGGAGACCCUCGGCAGCAGGGCCACCCUGGUGCAGGCGUCGCAGGGCGACACGGGGCACGUGACGUUCCGCUCCGACUCGGACUCGGGAAGCCGGGACCCCAACCACGAGUAG